AUGAGCGACCAAAGGACGGGAGAGCUGGCAGUCGCCCAGCCCCCUCCCACCCACCAGAAUGCGGCCUCCAAUGCUGUUCAGGAGCACUCCAUCCCCUCCUUCACCAACGACGCUUCUCUAGCAGACCCUCUAGUCGCUCCACUGCCACAAUCAUCUCAACAUUUCGCCCAGACGAACCAAGCAUCAGCGUCAGACUCGCAUACCGAUCAAGGCGAUACCACCUCCUCGAUCCCUGCUUCACGAUCCGAGCGCAAUGUAGAAGCCAUGACAGCUGUGCAAGAGCGCAGCGAGCAACAUCAAGACGCCAAUGGCACCUCUCGCGAUCCAGAGACUGGCAACACAUCCUCGUCAUCAGCCCAGGUCUCUGCCGCAGCUGCCAGGAAGUUCACCUCUCUCAAUGUCAACAAGCGCUUUCUCGAAAAGGCCGGCCCGACCCCACCUGCUGCUUCGCCUGCAGCGCUCAAACUCGGCGCCUCAGUAUCGCCGCGCCCAGCAAAUCGACUUUCGUCACCGUCAGCUUCAACUCGCCUCAUGUCCGCAAAGCUUUCAAGUGUACCCAAGCCUCAGCCUGCAGGCUGGGCCACCACCAAGCCGGCCACGCCCGUCGCAAAGACAACAACAAGUUCACAAACCCCAACAGCUAUUACACCUGCCCCUACCCCCACCCCUGCCACUGCCACUGCCACUGCCACUGCCACUGCCACUGCCACAAACACAGACUCAGCCUCAGACACAUCGCCCACCACAACUGUCACUUCCUCAGACCCUCUGCCUGCCGAGGCUUCAGCUCCUACUCCAAAGGCUAUUUCGAGCCCUAAACUAGCCAAUCCAUCAGCAGCACCACAAGUCGCCAGCAGCACAGCCGGCGCUGCUGCCUCGCCACGUCUCGUCAGUAUGGCAAGGGACUCGCCCAGGCCAGGUUCCACUGGGCUCGAAAGCGCUUCGGGACAAGGUCGAGCCAGUCCAGGACUCCGAAAUGCAGCGCUUGGCUCUUCUCUGCGAGCCGUCAGUCCGGCCAACAACGUCAGCCGCGCUCCCUGGGCAGGAGUCAAAUCCAGUCUCUCCCCGAAUCCAACGCCUGCCAACAGUCGUGCCAACAGACUCUCGGACUUUCCAACUGCCGCCGAAGCCGCUCGAGCCAAGCAGGAGCAGGAAGAGAAAGCAGCUGCAGCCGCUGCUCGAGAGGCUGCCAGACAGCAGGCCGCCCUCCAGGCGCUCGACCGUUUCCGAGGCACUUCGCUUGGCUCAGGAAAGCAUUGGGACGAGAUGGAAGACGAAGACUGCGGUUUCUUCGGCGAGGUUGUCGAAUUCGGUGAUGGAUCCCAGUACAAGAUCCCAACAUCCAACGACAGGGCACGCAACAAUGGAGACGACGCACCGCCCGUUUCCAAGGAGGAUCGCUUCAAGGACGUGAGCCAUGAUCGCAGCUGGCCACAGCGCAACGCAGCUCGGCCUGGCAAUGCGACGCAGAACGAGCGCCCAAGACCCGCUGCCGCUUGGGGUCCCUUGAAGAAUCGCGAGGCAGCUGUCUCAGCACCCACCGAAAGUGCACAGCCAACCAGUCGGCCCUCGCGCUCAGAACAGCGUGCUGAGAAGGUUAUCAUCCCCACAACAGGUGCUUCCGUCUCGCUUCGCUCGCCUACCGAGAGCCGUGAACCCAUGGGUUUUUCUUAUGGUCGAGAUCGCAGGUCUGGACCAGGGCCAGCACCUUACAGCGGCGGUCGACAGGACCACAGCGGUCCACCACAACCAGCUCAGGCUGCUACCACACAGGCAGUGAGGGCUUGGGGUCCUUUGGCCCAACGACAAGCCUCUCUCAACCCUGGAGCUGCACCACCAGCUAGCAGCGCUCCUGCCAAGCCUGCUCAGCCCGUAGAAACAGCUGCCAGAUCGGCUUCCACUGCAACUUCUGCUGCGCCAGAGCCGGCAAGACCCUCGUUGCCUCCUGCGCAGCCUCAAGAGCAGCCACAGCAACCGCGGCAGCAGAGCCGGGAGAGGCCCUCUGUUCCAGCCACAGGUCUUCCCAACACUAACGGUCGUCCCCUUCCAUCACAUUUGCUUGUUGCAGGCUCUGGUGACGGUCAUCCACCAGCGCAGACGAGUCGACCUCUGCCGCCUCAUCUUGCCCAAAAUCUACGUCCAGCUGUGCCCGCGGCACCGGCCAACACUGUCGGUCGCAAGACAUCGCAUGCCAUUGACGAGGCCCGACAUCCCAAUGUGCCUACUAGCCAUGUUCCUCACAACGAGCACAGUGGGUCGCACUUGCAGCAUGCCCAGGCAGCACCAGCUGCUCGUCAGGACCGAGUAGGUCGAGCACCCUGGGGCCCUAAAGCGAUGGCUCAAGCUCGAGCUCCGGCACCUGCCGAUGUCCCUACUACACAGUCUUCGGCGCCAUCCGCCCAACCUGUAUCUACUGAAACGGAAGAGGAUGUACAUGCAGCCAUUGAACGUGCCCGCAAACGCCGAGAGGAGGAAGAGCGUCAAAGGCUGGCCGAGAAAGAGCGUGCUCGCCAGAAAGCACUCGCCAUCGAAGAAAGAAUUCGAGCAGCACAGCAGCAGAAAGAAGCUGAGGCACAGAGAGCCGCUCAGAGGCAAGCUUCGCAAGCUGCUGAGGCAGCCAACGCCACCCAAGCCAGUGUAGAGACCCCUGCCGCUAGGAAGCCAGGCCCCGCAGACAGUGCCGCUUCUUGGAGGACUUCACGACCACAGCACGUUCAGGCGAAGAGUGAAGAGGCAAAAUUGCAUCAUCAACAGGCCUCAGCGCAGCCGCUUGACCAGGCCGAGGCCGCUGUCAAUGCGGUCCCCGCUGAGCAGAAUCGCAACGGUAGAGUUGUGUCAUCUCAACGUGAUCAGCGUAUUGGCGACGAGCGACUGCCAUCGCGGCGCAACCAGCGAGAGCAGCGAACGUCUCAACUUGGAGACGAAGGCAGGCAGAGAGGGUCCAAGGAUCAAGACAAAGUCGGCCGGCCUCGAAUCCCAUAUCUGGAAGUUCCAGCGCGGACUGAAGACGUCACAGCAAGGAUCGGUCAAGUCGAAGCUCCCAAGACCAUCUUGGCAAGACCUGCGAGGUCGCCUUCAACUACAUCACCCGUUGAAGCCCGCCCUCGUGUAUCACCAGCGGUCGCGCCUAUCGACUCAAGGCCUCAGAAGAGUGCUUCGCUCUCAGCCCAACGGGCCGCGACCAAGGCUGGUACCAGUCCGAGGCCGAGAGAGUCUGCUCCUCAAGAUAAGCCAUCGCGCAUGUCGGUCCCAGCGGCAUCCCCCGUUGCAACUUCCGCGCCUGUAUCAGCUCCAGUUCCCGUGCGCUUAUACCCCCUCGUGGCUAAGGAAGCUAAUGAGACGAGGCAGGAAGUCGUACAGGAUGCGCCACCGGCUUGGAACCGCUAUGUGGUCCAGAUCAAGGAAUCUCGCUCGCGACUCAAGCUCAAUCGAUACCAGCAGAAGCAGUUGUUCGCUAGGGUGGCGGCUAUGAAGGCGCCAGGUCGAGCCGUUUACCCCCUUACCUGGGAUCCUCCACUGGCUCAUCUCUCGAUGAAGACUCUGUCUCGUGACGAUCAGCUUUUCCCGAAGCGCUUCCACCGAGGCGCUGUGAUCACACCCGUCAAGCUUCCUUCGCGCGUACUGCCGCGAGGACUCGCUCCAGUCGUGCCGAACCUGGCGUCUCAGGGUGUCAGUGCUGGCAGCAGAAAGCAAGCUCGGUUCGACUUGACUUCGCACUGGUCCGAUGGCCACAACACGAUUGGCGGGCUCGGAAACGGAACUGCCUCGGACACACAACCGGCAGGCAUGUCGCCAAGUGGUCAGAUUCAGGUGCGCCUGCCUGGCCAUCAUGCGACAGUCGUCCAGCCUAGUGCUGGCGGCCAUUUCCCCGACAACGUGCAAGCAGCUUUGAUGACCGCAAACCGCAGAUCUCAGCCUGUGGAUCCCACGACGGACGCCAUCAUUGGUGAAGUGCUCUCAGCUGGUGCUUCCCAAACCACGUUUGAGGAUCGCAGCCGAGCCUUUCCUGCCGGAGCGGCACCAGGCUCACUGGGCCCCCUCGAUCACCCCCAGAAUGGAUACCCCACGGAUACCUUUGGCUCUCAUAAUUCUGCUGGCGGCUAUCGCUCUAAGGGUCGUCGGGGCUCCAACGCUGCAGUUGCAUUCUACGAUGAUCGUCAGGUCAGCACUCCCUCGCCUGUCUCCUUCAUGGUCAACAGCGAGAUCAAGGCUGACACAGGAGGCGCACGCGGCAGUCUCUCGCCCUUUGGCAUGCCUGGCUCUACCAGGGCGUCGCAGGCACAGACACCUGCUAGUGGAGGCUCAAUGUUGCCCUCACCCAGCUUGUCGACUCAGGGAACGUGGGGACAGAGCUCGCUCACCUUCCCGGUACUUGAGACGCGCUCAUCUAAUUUGCCAGACCGAGACCACAUCAAGAAUGUAUGGUCGCUGGCAGCCAAUUCGCAUUCGGGUGAGCUGCAAAACUCGCUCAAGGGCAUUCAAGAUGACUUUUUGCCUUCGACUAUGCCGAUGAGCGUGCAUGACUUCCGUGCAGACGAAGGACGCUUGAGUGGUGCCCAGCAGGAUGACGGCAGCGGAUGGGGAUCCUCCUCAUUCAAUCGUUUCCAGCAGUACAGUCGUGCUCAGCACGAUAUGAAUUCGAGCUCGCGCGAACUUUCGCCGGUCACGAACCGAUCCAAUGGCUUCGAUCCCACCUCACGCAGUCCCUCGCUGGGAAUGGAUGCUUCGGCAGCAGCAGCAGCUGCUGCACGAGCCCGUGAAGCAGGGCACCACCAUCAGUCGGUGUCUCAGCAAGCCUCGAACGCUUACUCUUCCAUCAACGGCGGCGCCUACGGCUCAACCAUAGCUUCAUCAUACUCGCCGCGAGAGCGACAGCAAGACGCAGGCAGCGGCUUGAGUCAAGGUGCUUUCGGCGCUUAUGGUGGCUACACUAGCAGUGCAUCCAACAACAUGAGCAUGACGACCGACGCUCUCUAUGGCGUGUCCAACUACGGAGGCGGAUCGAUGACCCCUAACCGUCAGACAUACAGUCAGUAUGGCGCGCACUCUUCGGCAGCAGCUGCUCGUUCUGCGCCCGGUUCGCCCUACAGUGGUCUCAGCGGCCGUCACUCAAGCACCUUGACCAGCGGAGCUUCGUGCUACUCUCUGUUCCCUACCAGCGGCGGUAGUGGAGGUGCUUCUGGAGGCAGCGGUGGAGCGCAAACUUCUCAAGCAGGCAACGGAAUGGAAGGACUCGGCGUUCUCGACGACACUACCUUCGGUUCUGCUGCGGGGAGAAACCAAUUCUACGGCGCUCGAGGCUAUCAGCAACCUUCGUCCACCCAGCAAGGGCAGACGCAGGAAUCUCAACAGCAACAUUCCACGCAGAAAUGGCCUUCUUCUCCAGCAAGCAGUGGCAGUGUCCUCAGGCCAGCAGCGAGUGUCUUCAACCCGCAGAAGUACACUCAGCAGCGUACCUCGGCUUCACAGUCGCAGUCGCAAUCGCAGUCUCAGGCGCAGAGUCAGCAAGCUCGACUUGCCGCUCACCACCACCAGCAACACCACGCUCAUCAUGGUCAGCUGGAGAGCAGUAACGGUAGUGGAGGACCUAUUGAUCGCGAAACUAACGCGAGUGCCGCGGGUAACAAUGGAGGCGGAUACGGCUCGGGUGCUAGUGGAUAUGCUGGGUUUGGAUCCAGUUCCGGUCUCUGGUGA